AACCAUUUUGUCAAUAAGAAAGGUCUUCGUAGAAAUUGAUGAUUAAUCACGAAAAAAGUGCUAAAAAUUAGUGUUUAAUUAAUAAAUAUCGUUUAAUUAAUCAUGGCUGAUAACGAGCAGAAGGCCAUGCAACUUAUGGCAGAGGCUGAGAAGAAACUGAGCUCUUCUAAGGGAUUUUUUGGAUCCUUGUUUGGGGGUUCUAACAAAGUAGAAGAUGCAGUCGAGUGUUAUCAAAGAGCUGCCAAUUUGUUUAAAAUGGCUAAAAAGUGGGGCCAAGCUGGACAUGCAUUUUGUGAAGCGGCAGGGCUUCAUGCUAAAGCCGGGAGCAGACACGAUGCUGCUACUAAUUACGUGGAUGCUGCUAAUUGUUACAAGAAAAGUGACACCAAUGAGGCCGUAUCAUGUCUACUAAAGGCAAUCGACAUUUACACAGACAUGGGACGUUUCACAAUGGCAGCAAAGCAUCACCAGAGCAUCGCUGAGAUGUAUGAAACCGAGUCGAUAGAUUUGGCAAGGGCUGUUCAUCAUUACGAACAGGCUGCUGAUUAUUUCAAGGGCGAAGAAAGUAAUAGUUCUGCCAACAAAUGCAUGUUGAAAGUUGCUCAAUAUGCUGCUCAACUCGAAGAGUAUGAUCGUGCCAUCCAAAUUUAUGAACAGAUCGCUUCUGUUUCGUUGGAAUCUUCUCUGUUAAAAUACAGUGCUAAGGAUUAUUUCUUCCGGGCUGCCCUUUGUCAUCUGUGUAUUGAUUCACUAAACGCUCAGCAGGCCAUCGAGAGAUAUAAUAAUCAGUAUCCUGCUUUUCAGGACUCUCGGGAAUGUAAAUUAGUUAUGACUCUCAUAGAGCACAUCGAAGAGCAGAACGUGGAAGGCUUUACCGAUACCGUCAAGGAGUACGAUAGCAUUUCAAGACUAGACCAGUGGUAUACCACAAUUUUGUUACGUAUUAAGAAACAGCUGAACGACAAUCCCGAUUUGCGUUGAUUCUUUAAUAAUUAUUAUUAUUAUGAUUAUUAUUAUUCGAGGCACACAA